GGACCUUCUCAUUUGAUUUAACCCCGUGUUCUUUUUUGUAUUUUUGACGAGUAUUCUUGUCACAUACCAAGGACAGAGCAAUUUUGUGAGUAUUGUCGACAUUUGGGAGUGGUUGAAAAACGAGCAUCGGGACUGUAAUCCACAUCGUAUAUUAUAUCAACGAAGUAACAACAAAAUGACCAUUUAACCGUUUACGUGAGAACAUGAACUAAUUGAAAUCUAUGAUAUUUACAUAAUUAUUUGGUUAGAAAAAUGAGUCUAAGUAUGCGGACGUGGAUGUGUUUAUCGAAGAAUCUUCGAGUAUGUUAUUCAGGAAGACAUUUCUCACAGAGACAGGUUUUGGAGUCAAGACGAACGCACACGGAAUCUUAUACCACCACUGGAUACUCGUUCGACUUCACAAAAGAGCAGCAGAAACUAAAGGAGAAUGCCAAAAGUUUUGCAAGAGAGGAGAUACUUCCACUGGCUGCAAAGUAUGACAGAGCCGGACGUUACCCGCGAGAGAUUCUAGAUGAAGCGUGGCACAGGGGUUUAACGAAUCACCACAUUCCUAAAAAAUAUGGUGGAGCAGGACUGGGGACAGUAGAAGAAUGUAUGGUUGCCGUAGAGCUGGGAUAUGCAUGUUCUGGUUUCACUGUGGCAGUAGAAGCCAACAGUUUGGGCUCAGUUCCCCUGUUAAUUGGUGGAGAUGAACAGCUGAAGAAGAAAUACCUCACAAUGCUUACUGAGGAGCCGACGAGAUGUGCAUAUGCCGUCACGGAACCAUCAGCUGGGUCUGAUGUGGCGGCCAUAAGAACUAGAGCAGUUAAAAAAGGAGAUGAGUAUAUUCUAAACGGGUCUAAAAUGUGGAUCACCAGCGCAGGAGAAGCUGACUGGUACUUCGUACUGGCACGUACAGAUUGCAGUGACGUCAAUGGUGAUGGCGGGAAACUAGCAGCAAAUAAAACAUUAAGUGGAUUUAUCGUGGAGCGGGAAUGGCCAGGAGUGACAGUGGGAAGAAAGGAGCUGAAUAUGGGCCAGAGGGUAUCAGACACAAGAGGGGUGACCUUCGAUGAUGUAAGGAUACCAGCAAGUAACCUAAUAGGCCAGGAAGGCCAGGGGUUCAAGUUGGCCAUGGCAGCUUUUGAUCAAACCAGACCUGCGGUUGCGGCUAAUGCUAUAGGCCUUGCCGAGAGAUGUUUAGAUGAGAGUGUAAAAUAUGUUCUAGAUGGACGCUGUGAACUAAAUGAACAUGCCAUAUCAAACUAUAUAUCAAACAUGGCGACCGGUAUAGAGGGUUCCAAGGCAGUCAUGUACAGAUCAGCUUGGAUGAUAGACAAUGGACAAAGAAACACAUAUUAUGCAUCUAUUGCUAAAUGUAUGGCUGCAGAGAUGGCAAAUAAGUGCGCCGCGGAUGCAGUAGAACUAUUUGGUCUGAAUGGACUCAAUGCCGACUACCCAGUUGAGAAGCUGAUGAGAGAUGCAAAGAUUUUUCAGAUAUAUGAGGGAACAUCUCAGAUCCAAAGGAUCAUCAUUUCUAGGGAACUACUGAACAAUGCAAGACAAUAAAAACAAUAGAAAGACUGGAAAACAUGACAAGUGAUGAUAUGAAGAAAAGACAGACAAAAAGACAAAGAAAAUACAUUACAAAAAGCCCAGAUUCCUAAUGAUAUAAAUUCGUCCAUGAUAAAAUGUACUAGGCUAGAAGUUUUGUUUAAUUGCAUAACCUUUGUUGAAAGUGUCAUCCGAUUUACAUUAGAGAGUUUGAUAUUUAUAGAUCCAUUAUAUUCUUUGUCAGUGUGAAAAAUACGGCAGCUUCUCGUAUGAUUAGAUAAGAAAAAUUUA